AGAAGUGAUUCUGUGAAGGGUGUGGGCUUCCAGAGUAAACAGAGGUCAGCCUUCCAGCCCUGGAUACAGGGAGAAGUCACCAGAUAUUCACUAUGGAAAGAAUGUCCUUGAAGGAGAGGAUGGGGGCACAGCUGAUGAAGGAGCUGAACCUGAACCCUAAAACGCCGAAAAACACAAAAAAAGCAGUCAAGGGAUUCACUGACUUUAUACAGAACAUGGAGACAGAGGAGACCAACAGUUACAAUAACGAAGAAAUGUUGCUGGAGCUAGAGAAGGAGUACAUUGAAGCAGCAAAGAUAAAUGAUGUGCAGACCAUGAAGAUUCUGGGAAAGGCAGUCAAGGUUGACGCAAAGAACUUGCAUGAUCGCACUGCCCUGCACUAUGCAGUUGCUGGAAAAAACAUAGAGGCCGUCCAAGUCCUUCUCCAGCGCAGAGCAAACAUCAAUCAAGAGGACAAGCAUGGAGUGACAGCCAUCCACCUGGCUGCCUGGUUUGGGAGUCUGCCCAUCCUGAAGUUGCUUGUGCAGGGUGGUGCUGAUCAGAAGGUUGAGAAUGCGCUGGGAAUGAACAUCAUGCACUGUGCUGCCAUCAACAACCACACUGACAUAAUGACAUUCAUCAUCUACGACCUGAUGAUGAAAGAGCUGGACAAAGAGGACCUGUCUGGACACAGAGCGUUUGCUUUGGCAGCAGAGCAUGGCUCUGUGGAGAUGCUGCAGAUGUUGAUGGAGGAGGCAUACAAUAUGGCCACCAUGGAGGAAGACCAGAAUAGGAACACACCUCUGCAUUUGGCUGCCGGCAAUGGCCACUUGGAUGUCGUCCAGCUACUGCUGAAGAGCUUUGAAACUCGCAAUGAAGUCAAUAUGGCUGGGGAGACGGCUCUAUACCUGGCUGCUGGCGCUGCCCAUGAGGACUGCGUCCAGGCUCUGUUGGAGGCAGGCUGUGACCCAAACAUUGUCACCAUGGACCAAAGCAGUGCUCUACACCCUGUCUCAGAGAAGGGCCACACAUCGUUGGUGAGACUCCUCAUAGAGAACUCGGCCCAGGUGGACUUACAAAACCAGCACCUCCAGGCUCCUCUCUACCUGGCAGUGAAGAACUGUCACAUCCCUGUCAUCCACACACUGCUCGAGGCUGGCUGCAACAUCAACGUCACUGAUCACAGGUCCCAGACUGUCCUGCAUGUCGCUGCAGAGCUGGCCAGAGUGGACAUUGUUGAGAUGCUUCUGAAAGCUGGGAUGGACCUAGUCCUCCAAGACAAGCAGGGUAAGACAGCACUGGGUGUGGCAGCCCGAGCAGACGAGGUCAUCAUCGUUGACAUGAUCAUCAAGGCAGAGAGAUAUUUGACAUGGAGGAUGGCCAACACUGAGCUUAAUGAGAACGUUCACAGCCAGACUCCGCUGACGUUUAAAUUAGACCACCGCACAGAGAGCAAACAGACCCGCAGCACUGCCUGGCACCUGGCCUACCGCCUGCUGAAGCCAGGUGACUGGAAGAGGCUGGCGCUGCACUGGCAUUUCACUGAGCAGCAGGUGGCUGCCAUCGAGGAGCAGUGGACAGGGCAGCAGAGCUACCAGGAACAUGGGAACAGGAUGCUGUUGAUCUGGCUUCAUGGGGUAGAGCUGGCCCAAAGGAGCCCUGCUAAAGAGCUGUACCAGGGCCUGCUUGCUAUAGGCAACAAGACUAUAGCAGAUAAAAUACGAAUGGACACAGAGGAAGGAGACAUAAAGAAAACGACAUAGGUGUGCUUGAGUCAACAAGAUAAUUUUUUUCCAAAGCAUUUGUGUGGUUAUUUUUCAAUUGAUCUUUAUAUAUAUAUUUAGAUUAUUACAUGUUUUACUCAGGGAACAUUUUUGUACACAGCCUUGUGUACUUGCUCGAUGUCUACUAUAGUGGCCACUAUAAUAGAGCAAAAAUAGAAUGCCUGUUUUUCAAUCAAAUUUGAUUAGUUCCAUGCGCCGAAGACAACAGGUGUAACAGUAAAAUGCUUACUUACGAGCCCCGAACCUGCAAUGCAGUUUCAAAAUAUACGCAUAAGAACAAGAGAAACAAGUAAUUCUAUUUCUACUUUGUUUUUCCCCCAAAUUGCAAUAUGUAGAUGUGUGUGUGGUCACAACCAUUCUAUUAUAAAGGCUGUCGUGGCUAACUGCAAUAUUAGUGUAUUAUUUUGUCAAGACUUGAGUGUCAUUUGCAGUCAAGUCUUGGCAACAAAUAACAUCGGAUUGCUUUCUUUACUUUUUUUUAGUUGUGAGUCAGGUUCACAUGAACCACUUUUUAUUUUACAGACUGAUUAUGUAGAUCAUAUUUGUUGUUGUUUAAUUAGUUAACCUGCAUUUCACCCCAGCAAGGAUUUGUUGCAUGUUUUGGUGGAGAAAGAAGUGUCACCUUUUUGGGCCCUCACCAGUUUGCGUCCCUGGGUAAAACUACUAGUGAAAUGGUCAUCAUUUAAAUAGAAAGAUGGUUCCAUCAUUUUCCAUUCCGGAGUGUUAGAAAUAUCAGGUGCAGGUGUAGCAUAUGUCUAAAAUAUUUGGGAAUAUUCAAAUGUGCAGGUGUAUCAGCUUGACUAAGUCAUGUAUGGAAGACUGUAUUUGCAUAGAAGGUGGGUGGAAUGUUCCUAUGCGAUAUGGUAUUGUUUGUGUGUGUUUACUCAACCACUUUGAUAGAGUGCUUGUGGUAGGCUGAGUGUGUUCUGGAGGAACUCUGGCCCUGCUGAUUGGAGGAGGAGAAGCUGUGGCCUGACCCGCUGGGAGAGAGAAAGGGAGACAGGGUGAGGUUUCUACAGAUCAUAAAUCUACUCGUUUGGUGAUUUUGAUUCAUUGUAAAAUAGACAUGUUUGAUGCUGAUGGUGUACCUGUGUGACGGGGUGUUGGCGCUCCACCCAUAGGUUGCUGGGAGUGCGGACGAAGCGUGCCGUGAUGCAUGCAGUCAAGGUUUUGGAGGCUUUCUGUUGACUCGCUGUGAUCACCAGUGUACUGAGCUGAUACAUAUUAUUAAGGAACAGUCAAUAAAUACGGGACCUUUCACUUUUUGACAAAUGGUGAGGAAAACGGUAACCAGAGACAGUGGCUGACACCCUUUUCCCAAACACUUCUCAUCAUGGAUUUAGCAAUGGUACAAACUCCUAGUCAAUGAUAACACCAAUCCAAUGAUUGUAGAUCCAUGACAAAGUGGGAGAGGGGUAGAGAAUCGGGACAUAGCCACGAUAAGCUCCCAGUGCCAUAGAUCAAUGUUAGUACGAACCGGUCUGUGCUCUGUGGGAGCUUGCAAAGCCACUAACCUGUCUGUGGGAGCUUGCAGUGCCCCCUGGUGGUAGGGUGCUGUGGAACACCUCUGCCCUGGAACCCACCUGAGGGAGAGUGAGUGAGUGGGCGGAUGUUAAGAGUGAUCGUAGAAGCCCAUAGAUAGAGGAGAUGAAGAAAUUAGACAAACUGAUCCACUGUAAAUAUAACAGGCCUAUCCAAUGUAUCACAUAGUGGGUGUUUGAGGAGUCAGUAUUGUGACAAUUACACCCAUAUGAAAUACUGUUAAUGAGAAAAUGUUCAGCCUUGAGAAAGAAUAGAUACAACGGCAGGAAAUGUGACAAUAUGUUUAAUGAUGGCGGAACCUGAUCCAUAAUAGUGAAAACUUGCAUGCACUGUAACUGUGUGAGAGUCUCACUGUCUCUGGUACAGGGGAGUCAAUGUGGAGUGGGCUGAACCCGAACAGAGGGGGCGGAGCAUCUGUGGAGGGAAGACCAAUAAGAUCAGUCAUAUAAUGUCAUACAGGUUUAUGUCCUGAAGUAAGCUUCAUAACUGGACAGGUCAAAGAGGACAAACAAAUAAGCCCAAUAUGAUCAAAUCUGACCCAACAUAAAUCACAUUGUCAGUUGUAAAAUUAGACAAAUGACUGACAUUCCAGGCCCUCCCCCUAAAACAACCAACAAAGCUAAAUUAUUACACAGAUAAAUGAAACAGCAACAAGAAACACUAAUACUCUUUUACUUUAAGCUGAACCCUACAAUCUCAUAUACAUGCAUACGCCUGAUGACCACACACAAACACAAUCAGAAAAAGUCCUUGCCCAUCAGUCAACGCCAGACCAAGGUUACAACCUCCACAAAGAGUACCACUCAGUCAGCACAAAAGAUUUAGCAUCAUCACGCCAUCCAAUGAAUGAAUGAGCCAGAGGAAUGAAAAACAUCCCCCUCUCCACAUAAAUCUAUACUGUCAACGUGUCAAUAGUAGCAGACUGCACUCUAUUGGACAACUAGUGUCUGUUUUACUGUAACAGGCUAAUAAACCAUGUGUAGGUUGAUCAGAUCAUAUGGACUGGGAAAAGUACACUUAUUUUUUAAAUAAUCUGUUUUAUGAAUGAAAAUGUCAGGAACAGAACAAAGUGUUUUGUUUUUUUUACCCUUUUUUCGCCCCAAUUUCAUGGUAUCCAAUUGUUUUAGUAGCUACUAUCUUGUCUCAUCGCUACAAUUCCCGUACGGGCUCGGGAGAGACGAAGGUUGAAAGUCAUGCGUCCUCUGAUACACAACCCAACCAAUCCGCACUGCUUCUUAACACAGCGCGCACCCAACCCGGAAGCCAGCCGCACCAAUGUGUCGGAGGAAACACUGUACACCUAGCAACCUGGUCAGCGUGCACUGUGCCCGGCCCGCCACAGGAGUCGCUGGUGCGCGAUGAGACAAGGCUAUCCCUACCGGCCAAACCCUCCCUAACCCGGACGACGCUAGGCCCCACAGACCUCCCGUGUCGCCCCACGGACCUCCCGGUCGCAGCAGGUUACGACAGAGCCUGGUCGCGAACCCAGAGUCUCUGGUGGCACACUAGUGCUGCAGUACAGCGCCCUUAACCAUUGCACCACCUGGGAGGCCCGGAACAGAAGUUUCUUGACAGAGCCGUGUGUGUUACUAACCAUGUAGGUUGUGCGCCGUGUGUCCCUUUCCAGUGUGGAACAUGCCGAGGCCCUCCAUGUUGAGGACAUGCACCCCUCAUAAAAGCCUUCUUCAUGGACUCCUCAUAACGCUCCCUCUCUGCCCGCAGGCUCUAGAUCUCAGCCUGGGCCGCAUCCACCGCUGACCCGUGCUGCUCACUGGGAGAGGGAAAAGAAGGAGAGAGGGACGAGAAAGAGUGUGGGGGAGGAGAGAGAGGGAUUAAUUAAUGUAUCAUCGUUGUUAAACGUACCGUAAUUAAAAUUCAAAGGUAACAUUGUGGAAAACAUGAGGCUAGAUUGUUACUGAGGAAUAAAGAUUAAAGGGAAGCAUGUUUCAAAUCACUAACUCUGAACUGACCACAGUCUGCAAUGUCUAUGCUCCAUUCCCUCUCUUCUCUCACUCACAUUAAUAACCAUCUCUCCCUCACUGUGCAAGGCCUGUGUUCUGCUCUAGCUCCAUUCUUUCUCUUCACGUCUAUGGUACUGCCAAUAACUCUAGCCGAUUCAAAUCCUCUCUUCCAUUCCAAUACCCCCCUCCCUCCGUUUCUGCUAGGACUGCUCUACUACAUGUCUAUGGCUCAAUCACUGCUCUAGCUCCUCUUUCACUGGGCUUUCAGCCUCCAUCAAUUACAUGUUUAGUCAAUCAAGCUCACUCACUGUGAUUGAUGAAUAACUACUGCACUAAAGCAAUGUUAUUAACCUCUCCACAAAACCUGGUUUACAGACAAACCUUCAAAAAUGUGUAUUUGCCAUUUAAAAAGCUGUCAAAUCAAAUCAAAUUUUAUUUGUCACAUACACAUGGUUAGCAGAUGUUAAUGCGAGUGUAGCGAAAUACUUGUGCUUCUAGUUCCGACAAUGCAGUAAUAACCAACAAGUAAUCUA